CGGUGCCGCGCACAUGUGAAAAUGGCUAUUAAUAAACAGAAGACUAAUAAUCAAAAAGAUAAGGUGGGUAAGCAGCUCACACUUAAGAAACAGCACGGAAAUCAAAAAGAGAAACAGAAGAAGAAAAUUGUUUUUAACGAAGACGGAGAACAAUGUGAAGUUCCGGUAGAAUUACCGGAAUCCAAAGAGGUGGAGUCACAUAUCGGUAAGACAGAUAAAACAAAGAAAAAAGGUCAUCGCCGACCGGCAGAUAGCGUACAGGAAAGCAGUGAUAAAAUUGAAAAGCGCUGGUAUGAUUAUUUUGAUGGUUACAACACAAUCGGUGAGCUGGUUGAGCUAAAAGAUGCUGGAAUAGUCGAAUUGCGGAAGCUUUGUCAAAGCGCGUUCGACAGUGAAUGCCGUAAUCUUUCAAAGAAUGAUCCGUCCGAUGCGAAAUGGUUGCGAACGGCGCUGGAAAAAGGUACUUCGCGUGAUCGGGCAAAUGCUGGCGCGUUGUUGGUACAAACGAAUCCGCUGUGUAACGUACAAGCGCUGGAAACAGUGAUUGCUAUGGUAAAAUUGUCCAAUAAAGGCCACCUCGAUGUUGUUGAAAUAUUGACGGAGCUGAUGCUAAAUUCUUUGAUGCCAUCGUUCAGAAAGCUGAUUUCUAUUCCGCUGCGCGGAGCUGACUGGAAGAAUAUUAGAAAGCUAGAUUUGGAGAAAGCUUUACGGGACCAAAUUUUUGCUUAUUGGCAUUUCGAGGAUGCUUUGAGAGACAUCUACUUCACUUUUCUAAAUAAUAUGUCGGCUUUGAUUCAAACGGGCCAGGAUAACAGUAAAAUGAAAGUUGUUCAGUUUUCUUCUAAACUGUUUAUGAUGAUUCCGGAAAAGGAAGCAUACCUGCUGUCAAUGUUGGUUAACAAACUUGGAGAUCCAGGAAAAAAGGUCGCAGUAAAAGCCAUGUAUCAUUUGUCUGAAGUGGUUAAAAAGCAUUCAGCUAUGUGUCCAAUUAUUGUUACUGAAACUGAAAAACUACUGUUUCGAAACAACAUAUCGCCAAGCGCUCAACACUACGGACUAAGCUUUCUAGCAGCCAUAAGCAGAUAUGGCGAUUUUGAAUCCUGUGAAAAAAUGAUCAACAUAUGUUUUUCCUUUUUCAAAAUUUUAACUGAAAAGGGUGAGGUUAACUCAAGAACCAUGCAAGCGAUUCUUGCAUGCUUGCGAAAAGCGAUUGGAAAUAUUAAGCGUGACGUCGAUAUAGCGGAUUUCGUAAAACCAGAAGUACUUGAUACGGUUUAUCGGUUGAUCCAUUUAGCGGAUAUAUCUAUCGCUUGCCAGGCCCUCUCCCUGUUGCUUGAAAUCACUGAAAAGAGAGGACCAGAACAGAAUCGAUUCUACAAUGCGCUCUAUCGAAAACUGUUGGAUCCUCAAUUGGCCACUAUAGGACCUCGGAUAUCAAACAUUUUUUUCUACAUCCUUCAUCGUGCGAUACAGAACGAUCCAUUACCAGACAGAGGACAAGCCUUCAUCAAACGGUUACUGCAAAUCGCAUUUUAUUUUCCACCAUCUCGAGUCUGUGGUGUUUUGAUAAUUAUCAAUAAAGUGCUUCGAAAACGUAAACAUCUUAACCAGGACGGAUGCGAGCCCUCUGACGAGCUCGAGCCCGAAAGUGAAGAUAAAACUCAAAUCAAGACGGAAUCAAAUCGUGAAGUGAAGGAGUACGAUCCGUUUCAUCGAGCGUCGGAAUACGCUGGAGCUAAAUAUACGCUUAAAUUCGAAUUAUCUCGUUAUCUACAAUAUUUUCAUCCAACGGUUCAAAACUUUGCUCAAAGCAUAAUCGAUGGAACUGCACUUACAUACUAUGGUGACCCGUUGAGGGAUUUUUCGUUAGGUCACUUUUUGGAUCGAUUCGCGUUUAAAAAUCCUAAAAAACCAAAGACGGAACUGGCUGAAGAUGGAACCCAAAUACCUCGAAAAAGACCGCUGGGAGUUGCUCAGCGAAAGGGUGAUUACGUACCGAGCGGUUCCCGCGGUUUGCCCGUUCAUUCGCUUACCAGCCAACACUGCACUGAGGAUGAGCGGUACAUUUUUCGCUUUUUGGAACAGAAACGUGAAAAAAUUGCAGCCGCAAAAGAGUAUGCUAAAGCGAAAAAGGCUGAAGCAGGAAUCGUUGAUGAUGAGAAUGUCGAUUCGGACGCAGAAUCUUUGGAUGACGACGAAUUUGAGUCUUAUCUGGAUCGUUUGGGUGUGCCCGGCGGAGACGAUGGAGCGGCUGAUUUGGAUAAAGAGGUGGACUUUAUCCGUGAGUUUGAACAGGAUCUGGCUAAACAGAGCGAGAAAAAUAAACGUAAAAAGGCAGCAUCGUGCGAGGAUGAGGAUGUUGAUGAUGACGAUGACUUUGGCGACUGGGAUGAUACGCAAGACCAAGAUGAUGAUGAUUUAGAUGAAGACGACUCUGCUGUUGAUGAUGAUGGUGAAGCUGAUGAGUUUAGCGAUGGCGGUAGUAUAUCUUUGGAUGAAGAUGACGGCAGUGAUGAGAAAGAUUCGGACAUUGACGACGACGACGACGAGGACAUAUCUGAAAGGCCUCGAAAGCGGAAGAAGACUUCUGGAAUUAACGACAGAGAGUUCCAGAAGAAAUUGAAGUCAAAUGAUUUUAACUCAUUAUUCGCUGCGGCUGACGAUUUCUCGGAAAUGUUGGAGCAAAAUGUCACUUCGAAAGAUAAAUCACACGGCACGCUUGGAGAGGUUUUCAAUAAGGACAAUGCAUCCGUGAAGCAAAUGGCUUGGGAGCAGUCACGUUUUAGCGGUAAAAAUCGAAUGCAAAGCGGCAAGAAGCGCUUUGUUAGUAAGAAGCAAGGUCGUUCCGGAAAGGCGGAGAAGACAUUUUCGAAAGGUGGCGCCAGUAAGCAAAAAUCGUUUGGCAAAUCGAUUAAAAAAGGGGCUAAGGUAGGUGGGGGUAAACGAAAGAAAUAGUUUGAUAGAUUUUUCGUUAUCUGUUUUAUAUUUUUUGUGAAUAAUUUUCGCUGUAGUGUAAAACCAAAAAAUUUUACCUUGGAUUAUUUCCGAAAUUCCAGAGAUAGACUACCGCAUGGCAACUAAUUACCAUGAAUAGUCUGCUUCAGAAACGCAUUAAGAUAGUUUUCCAUGAGCGGAAAUGGCGGAAAACGAA